GAUCCGAUAAUAAAAAUAUGUUUAAAUAGAAUGAUCCCCAACGUCGGCACGAAAAGAGGGUGGAGCUGUGGAAGGUAAUUCUAGGGUUUAUCUGGAUUGAUCCCAAUCGAAUUGAAAUUCUCAAUUGCGUGAAUUGUUGUACGUGAUUGCUUUUUUUCGGGGGAGAAUGCCGCAGAGGCACUCGAAGAACAACAAUGAUUUGGCUUUCUUCACGUACGAUGAGAAGCGGAAGCUUGGGUACGGCACGCAGAAGGAGAGGCUGGGGAAGGAUUCGAUCAAACCAUUCGAUGCAUGCUGUCUCUGUUUGAAGCCUUUGGUUGAUCCAAUGUGCUGCCUCAAGGGCCAUGUGUUCUGCAAAGAGUGCAUUCUCGAAUGUCUCCUCGCGCAGAAGAAAGAUAUUCAGAGAAAGCAAGCAGCCUAUGCAGCACGGCAGAAGCAAGAGCAAGAAGAGGAGGAGGAGAGGCUAACACUCGAAAAAGCUCGGGAGCUCGACGCAUUCGACCAACAGAACCACGGUGCCGUACCUCAGUACAACGACAAGAACUACAACCGCGACAAGAACGGUUUCCACGGCGCAAACAGCGUGAAGGCCACCUCGUACGAAGAAGAAGCCCUCCGUACAAUGAAGGCAUUCUGGCUGCCGUCUGCUACACCAGACGCCCCCAAGAAAGUCGAUCCUCCAUUGCCCGACACUGUCUGCCCCGAAGGGAAAGAAAAACUCAGGUUGAAGACGCUGUUCGCCAUCUCCUUCACAGAAGACGCCAGCGAACGGACCAGUUCAAGUUCUACAGACAAAACCUGCAUCUGUCCGACCUGCAAAGUCACCCUUACAAAUGCGCUGGCUCUCGUCGCCCUCAGUUCUUGCGGACAUGUUUUCUGUAAGAAGUGCGCAGAUAAGUUCGUGGCUGUUGAUAAAGUGUGUGUUAUAUGCAACAAACCAUGCAAGGAGAAGAACCUUGUGAAUAUAGCUAAGGGAGGGACCGGGUUCGCCGGCCAUGGAGAUCAACUCGAAGCUAAGGAUUUCAAGCAUUUAGGGAGCGGGACAGGUCUCGGUCUUGUAAGACCGGCAACAAAGGUUUAACCUUUGGUCUGUCCUAGGUAGUGUGCUGUGAUGUAAUAAGCUUCGAUAAGCCGAUGAAUAAGUGAUCUAUGAACUCUAGUGUGUAUAUAUAACUUAAACAAUCUAGAACGUAGCGGCGCAAAAGUUGUGACAACACAAGUCUAUUAAUAGGAUUCGAUCCUACGUGAAUGCA